AUGCCGAAGCCAGCGGCGGCGGUACCGGAGACGGUGGGGCAGGCGGUGAUCCCGCUGGUCAACAGUCUGCAGGACAUCAUCGCGCGGCUGGAUGGCGACGCCGCUGCUGGCCUGGAGCUGCCGCAGGUGGCGGCGAUCGGUGGGCAGAGCAGCGGCAAGUCCAGUGUGCUGGAGGCGCUCGUCGGCCGCGACUUCCUCCCUCGGGGCCCCGACAUCUGCACGCGCCGUCCCCUCGUGCUCCAGCUCGUGCGCCACGCGUCCCCCGAGGAAUGGGGGGAAUUUCUCCAUGCCCCCGGCCGCCAGUUCCACGACUUCGAACAGAUCAAGCGCGAGAUCCAGCUUGAAACGGACAAAGAAGCUGGAGAUAAUAAAGGGGUUUCUGAGAAACAAAUUCGUCUGAAAAUCUUUUCACCGAAUGUCCUAGACAUCACCUUGGUUGACCUCCCUGGAAUAACACGGGUGCCAGUUGGAGACCAGCCCAGUGAUAUUGAGUCAAGAAUAAGAGCAAUGAUCAUGCAAUACAUUAAGCAUCCAAGUUGUAUUAUCUUGGCUGUUUCUCCUGCAAAUGCUGAUUUAGCUAAUUCUGAUGCGCUCCAACUGGCAAGGCUUGCUGAUCCUGAUGGGUCUCGUACAAUUGGUGUUAUCACCAAGUUAGAUAUCAUGGACAGGGGCACUGAUGCUCGUAACUUCUUGCUGGGAAAUGUGAUUCCACUCAAGUUUGGUUAUGUAGGUGUUGUAAAUCGCAGCCAAGAGGAUAUCAACUUCAACCGAAGCGUCCAAGAUGCGCUUGCUUUUGAGGAAAAAUUCUUCUCGACUCUACCUGCUUACCAUGGUCUGGCACAUUGUUGUGGUGUUCCUCAAUUGGCCAAAAAGCUAAAUAUGAUUCUACUAAAGCACAUCACAAAUAUGCUUCCAUGCUUGAAAACUCGCAUAAAUGCUCAGUUGGUAGCAGUUGCGAAGGAACAUGCUGCCUAUGGUGAUACUGUAGAAUCAGCGGCUGGUCAGGGAGUCCAACUGUUGAAUAUAUUGAGAAAAUAUUGUGAAGCUUUUUCUUCAAUGGUGGAGGGGAAAAACAGGGUAUCUACAGAUGAACUUUCGGGUGGAGCAAGGAUUCACUACAUUUUUCAGUCAAUAUUUGUCAAGAGUCUGGAGGAAAUUGACCCUUGCAAGAGUAUUACUGAUGAAGAUAUCCGCACAACCAUCCAGAAUUCUGGCGGUCCAAAAGGGGCUAUGUUUCUGCCCGAGGUACCAUUCGAGAUUCUUGUGCGAAAGCAGAUAGGUCGCCUACUUGACCCAAGUCUUCAGUGUGCCCAAUUUAUCUAUGAUGAGUUAAUCAAAAUUAGCCAUGGUUGCUUAAUCUCUGAACUUCAGAAAUUUCCAAUUCUUAAAAAGCGGAUGAGUGAAGUCGUUUGCAGUUUCUUGAGAGAUGGUCUUCGACCUGCAGAAACAAUGAUAACCCACAUCAUCGAAAUGGAGAUGGAUUAUAUAAAUACUUCACACCCAAGCUUUGUUGGAGGCACCAAGGUCGUUGAACUUGCAAAGCAUGAAGUUCUACCUCCCAAAACAUCAGCUUCACUAUCAGGUCGUAAGGAUGGUACUAUUGUUGGUUCUGAGAUACAAAAAACAGCCGAAAGAAGCCAAAAGUCACGUGCUGUUUUCGCAAGAGAUGCAACCAGAAGAGCAACAUCUGAACAGGCUUCUAUGGAAGCAGAAACAAGUCUGACUGGUGGUAGUCAGAUAGGUAAUUCACAGGUUGGUGGGAAUUCAUCAAGCAAAUUACCCUCAAUCAUUCCUCUAAAAGAGCCACCCAUUACCUUGAAGCCAUCAGAAACUGAGCAGGAUGCAACAGAGGUAGCCAUUGUGAAACUAUUGAUCAAAUCCUACUAUGACAUUGUGAGAAAAAGUAUUGAGGAUGCAAUCCCAAAGGCUGUAAUGCACUUUCUGGUGAACCAUACGAAGCGGGAUCUGCACAACUUUUUAAUUCGCAAACUAUACAGAGAGAACCUGCUCAAUGAAUUGAUGAGGGAAACUGACGAAGUACUUAUCAGAAGGCAGCGUAUUCAAGAAAUGCUUGAAAUUCUUAAACAGGCACAUAGGACACUUGAGGAACUCCCCUUUGAAGCUGAUAAGAUUGAGAAGGGCUACAGCCUUACUGAACAUGCAACUGGCCUGUCAAAAAUCCAUGGAGUCAGCGGGGACAGCACAAAUGGCAUUUACACAUCCUCCCCUAAUUGCUAA